GAACCAAGUCGUACAGUCGAUACAAUGGCGUUGUCGCCGAAAUUAUUUUUUGACUGACAAUCAGAAUAAUCACUAAUAAAAACAGCGUGCUCGUAAAUCGCUAAACUAAAAUAUCUCGCCUUCGCCCCGCUUCGGUGCAACGAAAGACGCGUCGCGAUCGAAAAACAUGUGAUUGCGUUCCGUGGGGUUCCGUAAAACGCCCUUAUCGAUUUUUGGUGUUUGGUGCAGGCAGACGUGCUCCGCAUGUCCCAGCAUUGCUUGCAAUUUCUUCGCAUUUCGUCGCUUUAAUCACCGCUCGUGUUCACAAGUGGCCCCCAUGCUCCUCGGCUGGACCAAUGACAGUGCAUUUUCGCUCGACAAUAGGUCGUCGUCGGUGGUUGCAAAAGUGGUUGUGGUGGUGAGUCACUCGACAUGUCGAAGAAGUUUGCCGUUUUGAAUCGCGAUUUGAUGGCUUGCUGCCGCGUGUGGGGAGUGACUUGCCUCGCUUUUUGAUUUUCCUUUCCGAUUCUCCUAGUUGGGGCUGUCGUCGCGUGAAUGCGGCGGGUGUGAUUUUUUUUGUUGUUUUCGGUUUUUCGACAAGAUGGUGUCGAGGUACGUGACCAAUGGUCCCGUCAAAGAGGGCAUAUGCCUGCUGCCGCCCACGCAUUAUAGGAUGAUGCCGCCACAACGAACUGAUGCUUUUCAUGUACCGACGCAGCCAUAUGUGCCACAACAACAGCCCAACCAGCCGGGAAAUCAGGCUCAGACUUUGAGGGGCAUAGCACCAACAGGGCCUCCGAAUCAAGCUUCAACUCCACCAACCAACGACCUCAAGGUUCAAUCAGUACCGCAGCAACAGUCCAUGAAUCAUAUGUACGUAGCUCCACAGCAACAAGUGCGUGGAACUCAAGGACCUUACUAUAGAUCAGGACCACCUAGUCAAGCUACCAGAAUGCCCAGUCAACACAGAGGUCAACAGCAAAUAUAUCAGCAGGCUCAGUACAUGCAAAUGCCUCCUGUUCCAACACAAAUGUAUAUAGCGGCGAAUACCAUGCAAUAUUAUAAUGGACAGAGGGCGCAGACUUUUGUGCAACCUGCCGCUCCUGUUCUUUAUCAAGGACCAUCUAUACCAUCUCAGUUUUCGUUCCCACCAAAUCCGAAUCAAACACAGGCAGUUCCUUUUCCGUUUUAUUCAAUGAGGCAGGGUCAUCCAUCGCAAUCGGCCAGUGUGCCACCCAAUGCAAACCAACCUCUUCCGAAUAUGCAGAUGACACAGCAACAGCCUCCCUUCCCUAGGCAACAGAAUAAACGUAGAGCGAAAGCCAUCCCGGUAAUAGACCCGGACACCGGUGUUGAUAGAUUGGAUGAAGUUUACGAGCAGAACAAUUCGCAUCCUCCUUCUGGCGAAUCAUCUGCGAGGCAGACGCCUCAACCCGUAAAUAACGCUAAUAAAGAGAUUCAGAUUACCUUCGCGAAGCAAGUUUUGCAAGCAGCGAAUAACGAAACGAGUUUAGAAGAUCAAGAAAUUCAUAGCAGUUCUUUAGAUCACGAAGCGCUUUAUCAUCCAAGUUCUCAAGCCACGGGGCAAACGUCGAAACUUGAUCACCUAGUGCAAUCGAGUAACCUAAAGGCCCAGGCCAAAGAAUUUGUACUGAGUUCAUCAAAUACUGCCAAAGAGACACCUAUAGUGUCCGCGAAUUGUGACGCUGUCGAAGUUACUUUACCGAAUAAACAAAUGAAGGACCGUGAAAGUCCUGCAAAAGGUCGUAAAAAGGAACAGCAAGCGCGCGAACAUAAGGACUCGGUCAAAGAUACCCCAAUCAGGGAAAAAGUUAGUGAUAAGGAAUCUUCCAAUCUUAAAAGCGAUAAUAAAUCGAAAGAAACUUUAAUACCUACCGCGAAUAUUGCAGCGCCAGUGACGGUAACAGUGGCAAAUAAAGACAAUAAAGAGGUUGUGACUCAUCGUGAUGAUAAAAAAAAUCAAAAAAAAGACAGUAAACCUGAAUCAAACGUGCCUAAUGUCGAAAUUAAUGAGAGUGCGACUGCUCCGACGAAUCCGCCAGCUCAACCCGCUCAAGAUGUCACGUUAAGUGCGAAAUCUAAAAAUGCUUCACAAAGAACGAAAGAUGGCCAAAAGCAACAGAUUUCUGCUGCUACAAACCAAAAACAAGCGGCGGCGCCCGUUCCAGCACCGCAACCCUCAAAACCCAGUAGCAAAUCAAGUAAAAAGAGUGAACUUAAUCAGAAAGGUGCGAGUAAAGAGGGCACCGAUAUGGACGCUUUUAACGAUAACGUCCGAUUGGAUGCCGUCAAUGCCAACAUCAGCACCACAAAUGAAAUCAACGCAAAUUCUCUCGUAAACAAUACAAAUAAUACUACAGUUCCUACAAAUGAAGCUAAUAAGAAGAAUCAGAAUACUGAUACGUCAACGUUGAGGACUGAAGCAAAGACUUUACCUAAGAGUAAAAUUGAUAUUACCGAUAUAGUUAAAGAAAAGCCGAAACCAAUCAAAUCUUUUCCGCAACAAACCGAAACACAGGACGAAAUCGACAGAGCGGCGCCUAUAAGUAAUGAUAAGCUUGUGCAAGCUAAAAACGAAGCGAACGCCAAAGCUAACUCUGAAAAUAAUUCAUCGGCCAUCAUAGAAAUCAAAGCUGAUUUACCAUAUCGAGAAGGUCAAUGGGCUCCUCACAAUUUAGACGGGAAGAAAGUAUAUGACAAGGAAUUUUUAUUAUCUUUAAGGAACGGUCCCGCUAGCCGAAAAAAGCCUGACAACUUGCCUGAUGUUAUUGUAGCCGACGAUCGAGGAAGACUUAGUGAUGGAAGGUAUUCCAUGGGAGGUAGAACCGAUUUUACAACCCCACCUUUUCCAAAUUACGGGGGUAAAUCUAGUUCGCAAAGAGGCCCACCUCCAAAACGUAAUAGUCAAUCUGGUAAAGUCGGUGGUGGCGGCGGUAAAGGUAGCAAAUCUCAAGUUAUCAAAGUGUCGAUUUCGGUCAGGGAAGACGUGAAACUUCACGAAGUAGAAAAUGCAUGGAGACCUGCUCGUUUCCUAAAAGGUGAUAACAUGUCUGACGAUGAAAGGAGAACUGAAGAAUUAUAUAAGAAAGUCAGAGGAGUACUCAAUAGAUUGACUCCUCAGAAAUUCGAGACUUUGGUUAGUCAAGUAAGAGAGUUACAAAUUGAUACAGAAGAAAGGUUACAAGGAGUAAUCGACUUGGUAUUUGAGAAAGCUGUGGACGAACCAAAUUUUUCGGUUGCGUAUGCGUUGAUGUGUAGGGAGUUAGCUCUUAUGCAGGUACCUGCUGCCAACAGUACUGAAGAUAAAAAAGAAUUUGUUCAAUUUCGUAAGUUGUUGGUGACAAGGUGUCAAUUAGAAUUUGAGAAACAGUCUUACGAUGAAACAAUUAGGAAUGAUAAAGUUAAAGAAAUUGGCGAGUGUUCCGACUUUGAAAAGAAGAAGGAGCUACAGUUUGAACUAGAAGAAUAUGACCGUCGGUUGCGAAUGAAAUCUGUCGGAAAUAUUCGGUUUAUAGGUGAACUAUUUAAGCAGCAGAUGCUGACAACCAACAUAAUGAUGAGGUGUUUAGAUAACUUGUUAGACAAUAAAGACGAGGAGAGUUUAGAAUGUUUGUGUAAGUUAUUGACAACAAUUGGUAAAGAACUAGAGAGAGGGGGAACGAAUAAGAAAGGGGUUGAUUUAAGUCCUAUUUUUAACUCGAUGAAAGAUAUUGUCGACAAAAAAUUCGGAAGAAUUAGUAGUAGGGUUAGAUUUAUGUUGCAAGAUGUGAUAGAUCUUAGGAAAAAUAAGUGGGUGCCGCGCCGCCAAGACUUGAACCCUAAAACCAUAGAUCAAAUACAGAAGGAAGCCGAAAAUGAGCAUUUGAAUAUUCAAGCGAUGAAUUCAAUACCAAUGACUCCUAGAAAAGAUGAUCGGGGUAGCAGUGCUGGUGCUAAUUCAGAUAGGAAGAGAAGGAACGUUUCAGAUGAUGGUUGGCAGACUACUGCUUCUAGGAAUAGGAUGCCGUUUACUGUCCAAAGUGAUAAGUUAAAAAAUAAGCCUCCACAAACCGACGAACCGUUGGGAAGCCGACAGAUGUUUGGUAACUGGAGCAAAGGUUCUAACAUUAAAACCGACCCGACUUCAGCGACAAACACUGCUAACAUGUACGCAGCUCUAGAACAUAUCGAUACCGAAAAACGGCCUUCAAGUUCGAGAACGAAUAAGGAUCCCUACAGUUCUAAGGGACCAAGCUUAGAACGUGGUAAUUAUAAGCAGCAGUCGUAUGAUGGAAGAGGUUCGAGAUCUGGAUCACAACAUAGAUCAACAGAAAGAGAAAGUUCGCUUCCUGCAACGCAGAAGGUUGCACCCACGAUAAUUCCUGUACAGAAAGCAGAGGAGGAGGAAGAGGAGACUCCAGUUCCUUCAGAAUAUAAGAUGUCGGAGGAACAGUUGGAAAGACACGUUAAGAAUAAUUUGGACGAAUAUUUGAACGACAGCUGUACAGUCGAAGAAUAUAGUCAAGAUACCCAAGCAACUGUGCCCCCUGCCUACUUACCGAGAAUGGUAACUGAUGGAUAUCUGCAUGUGUUGGAGAGAUCACAAACCGCGCGACUUAGAACAGGAAUGCUAUUCGCCAAAUUAAUUAAAAUAGGCACACUUCCCUUAGAAGUCUAUUGUAAUGGCUUAGAAGAUGUGCUGAAUCAAGUAGAUGAACUGACCAUUGAUAUUCCCAUGAUAUGGACUUAUCUGGCUGAGAUCGUAGUUCAUUUGAUCUGUGAAGAAGCUCUGUCUAUGCACAGGCUACAUCAAUCAUGUCCUGUAAUUAUCAAACAGGGUCACGGUCCGAAAUUGUUAGGGACAUUAUUUAAGUUAGUUGUAAGUGAAAAGGGGCCCAAUUUUCUCAUUAGCUGUUGGCAAACUUCUGGACUUCGCGUCGAGAGUUUUAUGGAUAUAAAACAGGUUAACUCAUUCUUAAGAGAAAAUAAAUUAGAUUUUCUAUGUGGUGGUGACACAGCUGCAGGUCACAGCCAAUUAACGUAUGAUCAAAUCUCCAGCAAGCUACUAGAAUUCUUUUCCAUGAAAACUUCGUUCGAUGAUAUUGUCAAUUGGAUAACAGCUAACGUAGGGGAGUUAGUUAAUGAAAAUAAGUUUGUUAGGACCUUAGUUACGACCAUUUUCGAGAACUCCAUUGGCCGCCAAAAAUUAGUUGCAGACAAUUUGAAAGACCACUACAAGUUACUUCAAAAAUACGUUGAUAAUAAUCCAGUUUAUGAGUUGCAGUGUCUGUACGCGUUACAAGCUUUAAUUCACAAAAUGGAACAUCCGAAAGGUCUUCUUUUGACAAUUUGCAAUCAGUUGUAUGAAGACUCCAUCAUUUCCCAAGAUAGUUUCAUUGCAUGGGAGGCCAGCGACGAUCCUGCGGAGCAGGAAGGCAAAGGUGUUGCAUUGAAACAAUUGACGAGUUUCUUCACGCAACUGAAAGAAAAUGAAGAUGAUUCAGGGUCCUCUUCUGAUGAAACCUAGCAGAUAACAGCCCCGUAUGUGAUGCUGGCGUCCUAGACCUAAUAAAUUGAAACAUUUAAGUGAAUUACAGUGACUCGUAAAAACCUAGUUAAAAAAAUUUUUACAAUUGUUUAUAUUAUACAUAUAUAUAUUAUACAUACUUCAUAAAUAUAUGUUGCGAAACGUGUGAAGCACAGACUAACAAUUUCAAAUUAAAGUGCGGGAAUAAACGUUACAAGUUAUCAAGUGCCCUCUAAUUAAUUGCAAAGACAUAAAAAAUUAAAGUGAUAAAAACUGGACGAGCAAACGUGGACUAUAGUGGAAAAUACUUGGGCUCAGCUGGCCUCGGAUCCUGUUUUAUACUGUAUAUUUGUCUUUAUUAUUUAUAUAUAUUUUAUAUUGUUUAUUUGGUAACAUUUUAUUGUUUAUAGUGACGUCGUUAUUUUAUUAAUUAUGCGAAUAUUGGAGUUGCUUAAUUCAUUUCGGCUGGGCCCGGAAACAACAUUGAAUUACACGUCAUUGUAAGCGAUUGAUCGUGAUGUUUACUUUUGUUAUAAAUUAAUUUGUUAUAUAUAUCAUGAUUUCUUACUGUUAAGUUAUAUAUAUAUAAAAUAGGUAUAAUUGUUCUGUAUAAUAAAUAUGCAGCUGCACAGUCCAGUUUUAGAUUUAUUUUUUAAAUAUAUAAUUUUAUUUUUUUGUGUUUGAACAAAUCUGAAACUGCUUUGAGCGACUGUUACUAGUCAGAGUUAUUUUCUUAGAAAUAUUGUAUAUAUUUUCCAACAAAACAUAUACAGUAUUUUUCUGACUGAUUGUACAUAAACUUCCUAUGGUUGAUUACCCAGUUUAUAUUCAACCGAAACUCUUAUUUUAGAGAUACUGAAAUUUCAAGGCAUGAUUUACUUUCCUGCUAUCCUCCUGUAUCAUAUUCUUCAUUAUUAUUAAAGUGGGUAGUCAUGUCUUGAAAGUGGAAACAUCUUUUUUACUGUUGUGUAACCAGUCAUUAUUUUGUAACAGAAAUCGAAAGCUGGUUUCCUCAGUGAUGCUAUCAACUAUUAAACUUAGCGGUCAGGGAUCGAAUGAGGAAAUGUUUAAAAUAUGGUUGGUUUAUUGAAAAAUAUACAUAAGUGUGUUAAAUUAUCAAGACAGACUCUGCCAAACUGUUAAUAACAUUUAUAAAUGAUGCUAAACCUAGGCAACUGACAUAAUAAAUGAGCAAAAUACCAACACACAAA